GGCGGCGGCAGGACCGAGCGCGGCGGGCGGCCGGCCCAGCGCAGCCAGCGCGGCCCGGAGGACGCGAUCAGGCGGCCGAGCACCGAGCGCCGGGCACCGGGCGGCGGCGGCACGCGAGGCCCGGCCUCGAGCAACACCCGCCCGCCGCGGCCUCCAGCCCGGCCCCGCCCAGCCCGGCCCGCGGGGAUGCGGAGCGGCGGGCGCCGGAGGCCGCGGCCCGGCUAGGCCCGCGCUCGCGCCCGGACGCGGCUGCCCGAGGCUGUGGCCAGGUCAGCUGGGCUCGGGGAUCACUGGCCUGAGGAGCGCGGGAGCGUCGAGGGCGCCUCGGGCACCAUGAGCGACGUGGCUAUUGUGAAGGAGGGCUGGCUGCACAAACGAGGGGAGUACAUCAAGACCUGGCGGCCACGUUACUUCCUCCUCAAGAAUGACGGCACCUUCAUUGGCUACAAGGAACGGCCGCAGGACGUGGACCAGCGCGAGGCCCCCCUCAACAACUUCUCUGUGGCACAGUGCCAGCUGAUGAAGACGGAGCGGCCGCGGCCCAACACCUUCAUCAUCCGCUGCCUGCAGUGGACCACCGUCAUCGAGCGCACCUUCCACGUGGAGACGCCUGAGGAGCGGGAGGAGUGGACAACUGCCAUCCAGACGGUGGCCGAUGGACUUAAGAAGCAAGAAGAGGAGAUGAUGGACUUCCGGUCGGGCUCACCCAGUGACAACUCGGGGGCUGAAGAGAUGGAGGUGUCCCUGGCCAAGCCCAGGCACCGUGUGACCAUGAAUGAGUUUGAGUACCUGAAGCUGCUGGGCAAGGGCACUUUUGGGAAGGUGAUCCUGGUGAAGGAGAAGGCCACGGGCCGCUACUAUGCCAUGAAGAUCCUCAAGAAGGAGGUCAUCGUGGCCAAGGACGAGGUGGCCCACACGCUCACGGAGAACCGAGUCCUACAGAACUCCAGGCACCCCUUCCUCACGGCCCUGAAGUAUUCCUUCCAGACCCACGACCGCCUCUGCUUUGUCAUGGAGUACGCCAACGGUGGCGAGCUCUUCUUCCACCUGUCCCGCGAGCGUGUGUUCUCCGAGGACCGGGCCCGCUUCUAUGGCGCCGAGAUCGUGUCAGCCCUGGACUACCUGCACUCGGAGAAGAACGUGGUGUACCGGGACCUCAAGCUGGAGAACCUCAUGCUGGACAAGGAUGGGCACAUCAAGAUCACAGACUUCGGGCUGUGCAAGGAGGGGAUCAAGGACGGUGCCACCAUGAAGACCUUCUGCGGCACUCCUGAGUACCUGGCCCCUGAGGUGCUGGAGGACAAUGACUACGGCCGCGCGGUGGACUGGUGGGGGCUGGGCGUGGUCAUGUACGAGAUGAUGUGUGGCCGCCUGCCCUUCUACAACCAGGACCACGAGAAGCUCUUUGAGCUCAUCCUCAUGGAGGAGAUCCGCUUCCCGCGCACGCUCGGCCCUGAGGCCAAGUCUUUGCUCUCAGGGCUGCUCAAGAAGGACCCCAAGCAGAGGCUUGGUGGGGGCUCUGAGGACGCCAAGGAGAUCAUGCAACACCGCUUCUUUGCUGGCAUCGCGUGGCAGCACGUGUACGAGAAGAAGCUCAGCCCACCCUUCAAGCCCCAGGUCACAUCGGAGACUGACACCAGGUAUUUUGACGAGGAGUUCACAGCCCAGAUGAUCACCAUCACACCACCUGACCAAGACGACAGCAUGGAGUGUGUGGACAGCGAGCGCAGGCCCCACUUCCCCCAGUUCUCCUACUCGGCCAGCGGCACGGCCUGAGGCGGCGGUGGACUGCGCUGGACCACAGUGUGGAGGGAUGGAGAGGCAGCCUCGUGCCAUGAUCUGUAUUUAAUGGUUUUUAUUUCUCGGUGCAUUUGAGAGAAGCCAUGCCGUCCUCCCGAGCCCAGAUGGAAAGACGUUUUGUGCUGUGGGCGGCACCCUCCCUCGCAGCGGGGUAGGGAAGAAAAUUGUCCUGCGGGUUUUAAUUUAUUUCAUCUGAUUUGUUCUCUGGAUGUGGCCUCAGCCCUCAGAACAAUCCAAUUCUGCAGCUAUGCGCGAUGUGGGGUUGGGGGGCCGGGCAGGUCCUGCCGCUGGGUCCCCUCACUCCAUCAGCCAGCCGCACAGGCUGUCACCAGCUAUCAUCUCUCUGUGGCCCUGGGCCUCACUGCAGCCUGGCGGCACCAGACGCAACCUCACUGUGGCAUGCUGGCCGGCACCCUCUCCUGGGAGAGGCAGGCACAUGGCAGCCUCCAGCACCAGGGCUGCGUCUCUGAGGACGCUGGACGCUGGGCCCCCUGGGAUGGGACCAGGGAUGGGAGAUGGGCCAGGGUUUGCUCAGUCGGACAGAGGAGCAAGGUUUCAAUUUGUUACUACGUAUCAUGUUCAAAUGCAUUUUGGGGUUUUUAAUCUUGGUGACAGAAAAGCCCUCCCCCUUCCCCCUUCUGUGUCAUGGUUCUUGGUGACUGUCCCACCGGGAGCUUCCCCUCAGAUGACCUCUCCUCGAUAGCACUUGACCUUUUUGACGCUGAACCUUUCCGCUGUCGCCCCACGCCCGCCCUGACUCGCUCUGAGGGGUGGCCGUCCCUGGGCCCUCCACGCCCCUCCCAGCCGGACGCUGCCGCUGCUGCUGCACCAUGGCGUUUUUUUACGACAUUCAACUUUAGUAUUUUUACUAUUAUAAUAUGAAACUUUCCCUCCAAAUUCUUCAAUAAAAGUUGCUUUUCAA